UUUAUAUAACACCAAGAGUUAAAAAGCAGACAAAGCUAUCCAAAUUCCAAAGCUUUCUGUCUUCUCUCUCUAACCCCAGUCACCUCCUGUAAGGAAAAGAUAGCCCGCAUGCCCCCUCCCUCUCUCUCCCUCUCUCAUAGCCUCGCUUUCUUGAAGCCUUGAAAUACCAAAGCCUCUAAGCAGUCCAUCAAGGUUCAUCAAGUUUUGAAUUUUGAAUUCUUUUUUUGUUUUUUGUUUUUGAGUUAAAAAGCCUGAAGUAGCGCCUUACCUUUUGUUAACACACGAUCAGGCAUCAAUUUCUCUCUCUGUCUCUCUCCCAUGAGCAAAGUAAUGAUAAUGAAAGUGAAGUUCACGAGCUAAAGAAUUGAACUUGAAAGAAAGGAAAUAAACAAAAUGGUUGCACAUGAUGGUGGCUAUAAUGUUUGGCCACCAGCAGAAGCUCCAUUGUUGAAUGUGCAAAGAGAGGAUCAACACUGGAGACAUUUUGACAAUUCAGUUAACGCUGUGUCUUUUGGGUUUGUAGCUACUGCCAUUCUCAUUUCAAUGUUCUUGGUUAUGGCCAUCUUUGAAAGGUUUCUUAGACCCACUUCAGGUACAGGUAGCCAAGGUGAUCUCGAGUCUCAAAUGGGGUUCAAUUCCAAGUUUGGACACCCUUCACCGAAAAUGACUGUAUAUACAAAUGGAGUUUCUGUGUUGAUGCCUGGAGACAAUAUUCCUACCUUCAUAGCAUAUCUAGCACCGGUGCCCUGUCCUCCCGAACGAAUUUCCUACCUUCAUGAUCAACAACAUAUCGAUUCAUUUCCGAUUCCCACUGUGAACCCUGACACAAACUCAAGCUCAAGUUCGAUAUUAUCUCAACAAAACUAGACGUGAAAUGCCUAUUUAAUACCGGAAACAAAUAAUCGCAAACUUGAGCAAACGUUUGAUGGCACACAGACAACGGAGCAUUUCGUUCUGGAGUAGAGGUCGCAUGCCCUUUGUUUCGUGUGUGUGUAUAUAAUUAGUUUUUAAACGAGUUCACUGGCUUCGGCAUAUACUCAUUUUCGAAUCAGCAGAAAGGUUUCCAUCGAUCCCCAGAUUCAUCUCGCUUUGUAUUUGCACCAUUUCCAUGUCAGUUUUCUCGGUAGGAUUGGAUCCUUGAAGAUGGAUUGUUUCUCCUGUCAAAUGGAUCGUUCCACUUGUAAAAAAAACAUAGAGGAAUGUAAUUAUUCUUGAGUAUGGAAAGAAGUUGCAAGGCCUUUGUUACAUA